CUGGAGGGAAAGAAGGGAAACCGACGGGGAGAUUGAAAGGAGGGGGGGGACAAAAGGUUUUGAGGCUUUUUUUGCCCCCUCCCCUCGUUCUUUCUCUCCCCCCCCCCCCCGGGGGGCGGCUCGUCGCUCCGGUCUCUUCUCUUUAAACCACCCACUCCCGCCCCCAAAUUCAAUCCCCACCUCUCACGGAAGUCCACAUCCUCAAGAGGUCGGGGGAGGGGAAGAGGAGGAGGAGAAGAGGGGGGGGCGGAGAGGGGAAGAAGCGGAGAAAAACCCCGGAGAGAUCCGCUCCCCCCCCUUUUUUUUUUUUCCAUUUUCCUCGGUGAUUCCAUCCUGGACAGCGGAUGGACCAGCAGCCCAGCCCCCGGAGCUGCAGCCGCGGCGCCGCCGCCUGCGACGUGGUCGCCAACGAGCCAUCCAUGAAUUUGUACAUCCACACGACCACCGGCACCCGCUAUGAACUGUCGGUCCCUGCCGAGGAGACGGUGGAGGGGCUGAAGCGGCGCCUGUCUCAGCGGCUCAAAGUGCCCAAGGAACGGCUGGCGCUACUCUAUAAAGAAACCCGCCUCAGCUCUGGGAAGCUGCAGGAUUUUGGGGUGACGGAAGGCAGCAAGCUGACCCUGGUCCCCACGGUGGAAGCUGGCUUGAUGUCACAGGCAUCCAGACCAGAACAGUCGGUGAUGCAGGCCCUCGAAAGCUUAACUGAAACUCAGGUCAACGACUUCCUCUCUGGCCGCUCUCCGCUGACUCUGGCCCUGCGGGUCGGGGACCACAUGAUGUUCGUGCAGCUCCAGCUGGCCGCCCAGCAGGCAGGGGGCGGGCUGCAGCACCGGCACCACAGCGCCAGCCGGGGGGAGCCGGGUGCUGCCACGGGGAACCCCUCUGCCCAAUGCCGGCCUCUCCAUGGAACCACGGGCGCCACCGCUGCUUCCUCCCCUUCUGCCAACUUCAAUGCCCGCGUGCCCGCCGCCAACCCCGCGCCCGUUACCGCCGCCGGAAUGUUCCGCUCUCAUGGCGCCAGCACCCAAACGGUUAACAGCAGCCUGCUGUCCUCCUGCCCUGAGGUGGACUGUUCGUCCCGUGGCGGCAACCCCAGCCCCAGCACCAGCGCCAGCUCCCCCCACAGCGGCAGCCCCACCCCGGCCAGCCGCUCCCGCAAACCUGGCGCCGUCAUUGAGAGCUUCGUGAACCACGCUCCUGGCGUCUUCUCAGGGACUUUCUCUGGCACGCUGCACCCCAACUGCCAGGACAGCAGUGGGCGGCCACGCCGGGACAUUGGCACCGUCCUUCAGAUCCUCAAUGACCUCCUGAGCGCCACCCGGCACUACCAGGGCAUGCCCCAGUCCCUGGCGCAGCUGCGCUGCCAGACCCGGUGCCCACCCGCCGCCUCUGCCACCGCCACCUCUGCCACCACCGCCACCUCCGCCACCACCACUUCCUCCUCCUCCUCCUCCUCCUCCUCCUCCUCCCCCCUGCCCUCCCCCGAUACCACCACCAAAACUGCUACCUCCUGUGAGAAGCUCCCGCUGCACCCCACCGCCGUUGUCCAGUGCCAGAGCCAGAUCCGCAUGUGUAAGCCUGCUGGCGACCGCCUGCGGCAGACAGAGAACCGUGCCACUCGCUGCAAGGUGGAACGGCUGCAGCUGCUCAUGCAGCAGAAGCGCCUGCGCCGGAAGGCCCGGCGGGACGCCCGCAGCCCAUACCCCUGGCUGCCCCACCGCAAGUCCAGCCGCGCCAACAGCAACAGCAGCGUGUCCAGCGAUGGCAGUCUGGACCUCGACUUCGAGGACUCGCUCUGGAAGCCCGAGGUCAAAGCUGACCUCAAGUCUGAGUUUGUGGUGGCCUAGGACUGGCGAGCCAUGAAUCCUUCCUUCCCCGUCUCCCACCCCACCCCUUCCUCCUUCCACCCCUCCAUCAGACUCCCCCCUCCCCCCGCCCAGCUGGAAGAGGCCGCUGGAGAAAUUGGGGUUGGCCUAGGACUUGGGAGCUGUGAGCCCCGCCCUCACCCUGGCCCUCUUGCCCCCUCCCCCCCACACGCUGGAUUGGGAAGAGCCUCUGGAGGAAAGGACACCCCCACCCCCCGCAGAACAGUGUUUGCUCCCUCCCUCUGGGGUUCAGGACAGUUGGAGUGGGGGUAGCCUGGCAAGGACAGACAAUUGCGUCCACAUUUUGUGUGUGGGUGUGCGUAUGUGUGUGAGAGAGACAGGCGAGUGCAUGUGUGUAUGUGUUUCCUUUCUUUGACUUUUUAUUUUGAAUUUUCAUUUCUAUGGACUCCGGUUGCCUUACCCAGGUCUCCUCCUGUCCGGACCCAGGACUGAGCCUGGGGAAGGUGGAGGCACGUGUGUUUCAAAAACAAAAAGCUGCUCUGUUGCUAGGUGUCUGCCUGUUUUUCCCUUUCACCUCCCACCCUCUAAGGCCCCACGCCCUCUCCUUCAGGUUGUGAGACACAGGGAGAAAGACAUACGCGCACACACACAUACAGAAAGGGAGGUGGGGACACUAACAGGUUUUAGGUGCUGGGGCUGGGUCUUCCCUCUUCUCCCCCCCUUCCCCCUUCCCCCUUCCCCCUUCCCCCUUCCAUAUAUGUAGCAUUUGUCCAAGAUAGAAGUUCUGGAAACCACCAGCCAAGUCCCCUCCCCCCCAGCCCCUCUCCCACAUUCAGGUUGAGUUAAAUCAAUGAAAUCACAUGCACUUUACAGGUUUGGGGGUGGGGAGGAGGGAGGAAGUGGGGUCAGACUGCUAGGAGGGAAGACUGGGUUAAGACACACACACAAAAAAAACCCAGGUCACCUCAUGUGCACCCCUCUCUGUGUCUGGACAGGAUUGUCCCAGAGAGUUGGGGAUGAAGCAUUUCUAUUUAUUGUUUGAAUGGGAUGGAGGAGCAGUGGACCCUAUCUCCCUCUCCCCCACCCCUCGCCCUAUUGCUUCUCCCCUGUGUCUGUGUCCCUCCCAACCCCCCCCAAUUCUCACGGGUUUGUAUUUGCAGCAGUGUUCAGGGGCAGGGGUCACUUGGACGAAGGAAAUUCUAGUCACCCCCACCCAACCCCACCCCGUCACUCUCUCCCAUUCAUGUUUCUGUUUUAAUUCCAAUUCCUUCCUCUAUUCUGUAUAUAUAUAAUUUUUUUUAAUGUUUUUGAAUACACACUGCUCUGCUCAUCCUGGCUGGGGGCUUUAUUUAUAGAGUUAUUAAUUAUCUGACUGAGCCAGUAAGGGGGAUUCAUCCAGUUUCCCGCCUUGGAUUGGAGAGAAAUGUUAUUUCUUUUGCUUCUUCUUGUCUGAUCUGUGUAAACUGGGAGUUGUGUGCUAUGUCUGUCUAUAUGUUGGCGGGGGGCAGUGUUGAAAUGCCCCUCUUCUUAAUUUGGGGGGAAACAGGGCUGCGGAUGUGCUGGUUUGAAGUAGAGUUGAUCCCAUUGGGGGGAGGAGGGGGCUCCGGUCAGGUCCUGAGGGCUUCUUCCCCACCUUUGAAAGCCACAAAUCAGCCCUUAAAGGUGACAGCAGUGGGGGUCUAGAUUGAAUGUGCCCAAUGAGGUGGGGGUGCUGCUGUUCUGGGUUUUUCACCCCUCCCCCACCCAUCGUCUCUGUCCCAGGCCUGUUGCCUGGUGGAACAUUUCAAUUUUUUUUUCUCUCCCCAAGAGGACAGCUUCUCCCCCUUUUCCUUUUCCGUUAUCCCUGUAUCCCUGUCCUGUCCUCUCUCUGGCGUCUUCUCUCUUCCCAGGCCUAGAGAUGCAGAUUCCUCCCCUCCCCCAUCCUGGUCAUGUGACUACACUUCAUGUUUUAUCAGAUGUGAACUUCACGUGUUACUGUAGCUUUGUAAUUAUUUGGGGGAAGGGGUGGGUGGGAGGGAGCAGGGGGUCUGGGGAAAGGGUUCAAUUUUUUUUCCAUAAAAAAAAAACCAAUGCGGCUUUGUUUUUAAAGACGAUUUGGAUAUCUAUUUAAAUGUCCGGUUCUUGUUUUAUUGUUUGGUUUUUGUUUUGUUGUUUUUUUUUUUUAAAAAAAGACACUGUGCCUGCUCGCUCCUACCCGCCACCCCCUCCACUCCCGCCCCUCUCCUCUCCCUAAAACCCUAGUUUCGGAGAAAUCCACUCGACAGGGAAAGUCGAGAGACAAAGCAUUAAUGUUCUCCAAGUGUGGUGGCGGGAGGGGGAGACGGGUCAUAUCACCUCAUUUAAGUUACCUGUAUUCAAAGCAGAAAGUUAGAAAGAAAAGGUUUCAAAUAAACACAUUGAAAAAAGCAA